AGGCGGAGUUUAAGUUUGAGCGGGAAAAUGUCAAUGAAGGGGAUGAUUUCCUCAUUAUCGUCCCAAUUUUCGCGAUGAAUGUCGCUCGUAGAAGAAGUGGCCUGUUUCGGUCUACUAUCGGAGCACCGCCGAAGGCCACAAGAGGACGUGCUGCCGCACCACCCAUCAAAGAAGCCGAUCCAGCAACAAUCCCAAGACAGUCGGCUCCUGGAGGAAUAACGAUUGGAGCCGCUGCUUGUCGUCCUCCGUCUCGUUUGCCUGGCGCCACAAUUUCUGCUACUGGUAGAGCAUCGUUGCCAGAACGAUCAGCGAUGGCCAAAACAUCGACGAGUUCCCAUUCCAGACCGGCGUUGCAAUCGACCGCGAGCCGUAAUACAACACUGACGGCAGCUUCUACGUCUCGACAACUUCGCACUGGUCGUCCACCACCACCAUCAACUCAACGUUCAACUGCGACUUUUUCCCUGAAGCCGUCGGUAGCAAGAGCCCGACCAGUGGCACAGAAGCCUAUUCUCCCUUCCAAAGUGACGCUUCUUGAGGAGAGAAAUGCGCAAUUGGAGCGUGAGAUGGCUGAGGCUACCGACUUUGCCGAACAUCAAAAGAGCAAGAUCCAAUUCCUGGAUGGCAAACUUGAAGGCGCGGAUCGCAAGCUGAUUUCACUGCAAGACCAAUUGAGCACGCUGAAAGAAGUCCACAAGUCAAAAAUGGAGGAGUGUGAGGAGUAUCGUGUUCACAACAACGAUCUCCGGGAUCUGCUCAACGAAAAGGAAGCUGAGUUGAGAAAGUUGCACAACGAUGUCGUCGAUUUACGCGGUCAAAUUCGUGUAGCUGUUCGCGUUCGACCGUUGAUCAAAUCUGAAGUCGACACCUCGAGUUCUGCGAUUGAGUAUCCAGCUGUCGAUGCCAUCAAAAUCAAUGAAGGCUCGAAGCCUGGAAAUGUUGUCAAAUUCGAGAAUGUUUUCACACCAGUCUUCUCGCAGAAGGAAGUAUUCGCGAACGUCGAGGAGUUCAUUCGGUCGUCACUGCAUGGGUACAACGUCGGAUUGAUUGCCUAUGGGCAAACCGGAAGUGGCAAAACUCACACGAUGCGAGGAGGAAAUGGUGAAGAGGAAGGAAUCAUCCCGAGAGCAGCUGCAUUUCUCUUCGCUGAAUCCAAAAAGCUCGAGUCACUUGGAUGGAAAUUCGACUUCUCAUUGUCUUUCCUAGAAGUCUACAACAACGUGGCAUACGACCUUCUCAGUGGCCGAGACGUUGUCCAACUUCGUUUGAACGAUCAAACGGUUUCCAUGAUUGGGCUAUCCGAACACACGAUUUCCAAUGUUUCGGAUGUGGCUAGGCUGCUUCGUGUAGCAGACGGAGGCAGGAAGACGGCGGCGACGAAGUGCAAUGGGAGCUCGUCUCGUUCGCACGCCGUUUAUAUGUGGAAGAUCAAAGCACAUCAGCCAUCAACUGGUAUUUCAACAACGUGCCAACUCAAACUUGUGGAUCUCGCAGGAUCGGAACGUGCCAAGGAGUCUGGAGUCAGUGGCGACCAGUUCAAGGAGAUGACUAAUAUCAACCAGUCGUUGUCUAUCCUUCAGAUGUGCAUCAGCCAGCAGAGAUCCCAGAAGGGACAUGUUUCAUAUCGCGACAGCAAACUGACACAGGUGCUGAUGGACUGCUUGGGACGUGGCAGCUCGAAGACGAUGGUUGUGGUCAAUCUCAAUCCAUGCAACGAGCAAGCGACAGAGUCCAAGAGAAGCAUCGAAUUCGCCUCAAAGAUGCGCAGUACUCACAUCGGAUCGGCCGUGCAGCAACGGACUCUCCUGGGUGACGUGUCCCAGAUGUCUAUGAACUAGACAUUUAAUUAUAUUUUAACAUUUCAUGUAAAAUAACUUCAUAUUUAUUGCCUUGUGCAAAUCUUAUAUUCUAAUGUAACCUAAGUAUUUCGAUCAUUAACAAAAUGAACGAAUUUCACGUUU